GGAUCCGUCACAUCGUUGCACUUUGAUCCUGGUGCUUUCAAGCGGAAGUAAAGGAAAUUUUCUCGGUAAGGUGAGGGAAGGACAGAUGCUUUCUGCUGUCGGAGGAGUUGGUGUUAAAUCCUUCUGAAAAACGGCAAUGACCGUGGAGCCGAGCUGAGAGAAAGCGGGUUGUUGUUGCCAGAAAAGCUCAUCUUACGUCCUCGUACAGUCCAGGAGGUUGAAACAACUUCAAAGUGAUUCUGACCGGUCUGAAGAAAGAAGCAGUGUCGACUAAGGAUGUAUGGAAACAGUCCUUUCUCCUAUUCCCCGAGGGGUUUCUCACAGGAAGACUUCAACCUGCAGAGACGUACUUUCCAUAACGAUGACCUCAAGCCGUCUCCACUGCAGAGAAACGACAUGUCCAGACCCAGUGGAAGGAAUAUAUACAUGCAGAGAAAAGAAUAUUCGGACAAGCUGAACAGACAAUCCGACGGCUUUCACGUCAGAGUGGAGCAUCUGUUCACCUGUGAGCUGGACGGCAGAGACCUGAGGACAGAGAACGACUGCGUGGCCAAGCUCAAGAGGCUGGAUGCCAAAGGCCGCCUGUGGCCUCAAGACAUGAUCAUGGAGGUUCAGAGGGGAUAUCUUGUUCUCAGCGACAUCGAAACCAAGACGGAGCUGGAUUCGAUGAGUUUGAGUUCCAUCACACAAACCAAAGCCGUGUUGGAAAGCUGCGCCUACGACUCCGUGCUGACAUUAACUGUUCAGGAACACAGCAAACGCAACCGUCAGGUCUUCUUGUUCCAGUGUGAGGAAACCGGGGCACAGGACAUAAAGAGUGAUCUGGACAAGAUGAUCAGAAACGGUGGAAGUGAUGAUGUGGAACCAAGCAGAGAGGACAUCAGGAGUCAUCUCGAAAAUAUCAUCGGUCAACGUGCUUCAGGAAACUUCCGGAUCCCUAAUCCCCGUCCUGUUGAGCAAUCACCGCCCCCGUCACCACUGAACCAUCCACCCCCACUGUGGGGCAACAGAGAGCCAGUAAAUACGCCUCCACCAGGGAUCUACAGCUCACCAGAGGAAACAUUUUACCCUCCUGAUCGUCAUGACCUUCAGAUGCAUGAGAAGGCUGAAACAGAAAGGAAAACGGAGAUUCUAAACCAUGUUUUAGAUGACUUGGAUAUCUUCAUCAACAAACUGUUGGCUGUGUUGAACGCACCGCCACCGCAAGAAGACAAGAAAAAGAAAAAAGGAAGAGACAAGAAGAACUUAAAGAAUUCUGCACCAGGUCCCAUUCUGCCGCCUAUAGAGGAAUAUAUCUUCUGUCUUCAGAAAGUCAAAUAUGGAUUCAAUCUUCUGGGCCAGCUGGAUGGGAUGCUGAAAACCACCAGUGCUGGUGAUUACGUCCACAUCUUCUUCAACUGUUUAAACCUGGUACGCUUUCCUUUGUCCAUGUUUAAGGCCCUUGUUGUUCUCUGUCAUUUAAUCUCUGCUCUACUGAGCCUCUGUGCCACAUUUCCACAGAUAGUUCGUCCAUAUCCCGAAGAAGUUCCUCCCACUGUGCUGUCUCCCCUGCUGACCGAGGAGGCCGUGGGGCUCAUCAACCAGGUGGUGAGCCCCGAGGAGGACCAGCUGUGGAGGUUUCUGGGAGAAUGUUGGAACAUCUCCAGGUCUCAAUGGACCGGUCCUCAUGUCCCUCCUUACAUCCCAGAGUUCUACGAUGGCUGGCAGCCACCUGCCCCCAAUUACUUUCCUCCUUCAGUUGCUUCUCAGAGCCGUUCGUUCAGCAGAAGCAACAGCCAGCGCUUCCCGCCUCCCCCUCAAGACUUCCCUGAUGGCCCGCCUCCAAACAGGCACGCGGCCAACGAUUCGUGGAGUCCCUCACCGCCUCCAGCAUACCGCUCCGAGCCAACCCAGUUCAUGCGCGUUAUUUACAACUUCUCGGCCAAGAACAGCCAGGAGCUGAGCAUUAUCAAGGACGAGGUGGUGCAGGUGAUCAGCAAAUCGAGGCGAUGGUGGCUCGUUCGUAACACACAAGGCCAAGAAGGCAACGUUCCUCAGAAUGUUUUGGAGCCGAUGGAUGGCAGAGAACCCAUGGGAGAUCUACCGCGGGACAAUCGCGGCGCCGUGACUCUGGACAUGGCCUCCUCGCCUGCAGAGGUCAGAGCCUGGCUGGAGUCCAAAGGUUUCUCCAGAAUCACUGUGAGCAGCCUCGGUGUGCUGUCAGGAAGACUUCUUUUGGAAAUGACUAGAGAUCAAAUCAAGGCUGUGUGUCCAGAAGAAGGAGCAAAGGUCUUCUUCCAGCUUCAGGGCGUCAGGGCAUCAGUGGCGGUAAGUAAUCAGUCCUAUGAUGAUGAUGAUGAUGAUAUGAACACACACCCAGCUGCAGCCAUGACUAAUAUUUCCUCCUGUUCUCUGCAGCUGGCCAGUGAACCACCGCGCAUGUACAACGGACGCUACUAACGACAACUCCAGUUCUCCAGAUUCUUUUCUCUUGAAUUUUCGUCCACGGAUCAACAUUCACAGUGUCAACAUUAAUCCUACUUUCAGAAAGAAUUGAACGACAUCAAAUGCCGAUUACUUUGUUUCAGGAAAAAUACUUUUAGAGUGAGACUUCUACAUGUAUAAUUUGAAAACUGAUGUAAUUAUAGUGCAAUUAAUUUUACUCAUAAAUAAUCUGUAUAGUUAUUACUCUGCCAAGAAAUGGCAGAGUUAUGUGACGAUCAGUGUACGUUUAUCUGUGAAUCUGUCUGUUUAUAUAUUUAAUCUGUCUGUCUGUCUGUCUGUCUGUCUGUCUGUGUGAAACAUUACUCAAAAACAGACUAACAGAUUUGGAUGAAAUGUUCCGGGGAAGUCAGAAAUGCUACAAGGACCACCUCAUUAAAUUUUCACAGUGAUGCAGCUUAUAGUGUGGGUCCACGGCUUUGUUAAGGAUUUCCCUUUGUGAGAUAUAGCUGUCGGCAUGGCGUCGCUGUAACCAUGACAACAAGUAAACACUGUGUCAGUUACCUGCUGACGAUCACAUGAUUGUGAUCCUACUACAAAAUGAACGUGAUGUAUCAGUUGGAAAUGAUAUAAGGAACAAAUUAUUAAAAUGUGGAGUGUU